AGAUGCAGACCAUCAGCCGGGACCUGUCCGUGGUGGUGUCCAUGGACAACAACCGGCACCUGGACCUGGACAGCAUCAUCGAGGAGGUCCGGCGCCAGUAUGAGCAGAUCGCCCAGAGCAGCCGGGCUGAGGCUGAGGCCUGGUACCAGAGCCAGUAUGAAGAGCUCCAGAACACRGCUGGUCGYCACGGGGACAACCUCCGCAACACCAAGAUGGAGAUCCAGGAGCUGUCCAGGAAUGUCCAGAGGCUGCGGGCUGAGAUUGAGAACGUGAAGAAGCAGAACCAGCAGCUGCAGGCAGCCAUUGCUGAGGCUGAGGAGAGGGGCGAGAUGGCCAUCAAGGAUGCCAGGAGGAAGCUGGAGGAGCUGGAAUCUGCCCUGAACAAGGACAAAGAGGAGCUGGCUCGSCUGUUGAARGAAUACCAGGAGAUGCUGAAUGUCAAGCUCGCUCUGGACGUUGAGAUUGCCAUGUACAGGAAGCUGCUGGAGGGAGAGGAGAACAGGUAAUUUAUUGGCAUCUAUUUGACUA